AUGGCCCCACCAAAGCCGUCAGCCAAGGGAGCGAAGAAAGCCGCCAAGACCGUCACCAAGCCAAAGGACGGAAAGAAGAGAAAAGCCCAUCGCAAGGAGUCGUACUCUGUCUACAUCUACCGUGUCCUCAAGCAGGUUCACCCAGAUACCGGAGUAUCCUCGAAGGCCAUGUCCAUCAUGAACUCCUUCGUCAAUGACGUCUUCGAACGCAUCGCUGCUGAAGCUUCUCGUCUUGCCCACUACAACAAGCGUUCGACCAUCUCUUCCCGCGAAAUCCAAACGGCCGUCCGUUUGAUCCUUCCAGGAGAGUUGGCCAAGCACGCCGUUUCUGAGGGAACCAAGGCUGUGACCAAGUACACAUCCAGCAAGUAA